CGUCCCUCCGAUCGUAGCGAAGAAAAGUCGUAUUUUUUUUUUCUUCUUCUAAAGUGUACGCUACGAUUAAAAAAACGCCAAAAUUAUUAAAAGGACUCUUAAAAUCACAAGAGACUUUGCGUUGUUAGCCCCUGCUGGGCGAUGGAAAGGGGGUCUAUUCCCAUACACCUCGGACUGUUACUAUGGAUACUGACCUCGGCUCCUGCUGUUUUGUCUCAAAGCGCACCAAAUGUGUGUACGAAUACCCGGACGAUUCACCAAUUUGCAGACGACAAAUGUAGCGCCUUCAUAGACUACGUCAUCGAUGGAUUCAGUUUAAACAAAACGAAAACAUUCCCGGGAAAAUCAGCACAGGAAAUCAACACGCUCCUGACAAAUCCCGACCCGAAUCUUCAGUGUUAUUUCUAUAAGAAAAUUGACGAGAAGUAUCAGGCUUGCUGCGACGGAUGGGUCAGUUCUGUAAACGGAAGUCUCACGUGUGACAUUCCGCAAUGUAGCCCUGCCUGCCAAAAUGGCGGCAAUUGCACAGAACCCCCGAAUGUGUGCUCGUGCCCUGCUGCGUACACGGGAUACAGAUGUGAGGAUAAAAUCUCAGACACCUCCAGCACGGCCAAGUUCUGUUACUCGGACCAUUACUGUGGCGCCGCAAAGGUCGACAAGUACUACAACCAGGUAGUGAGUCAGGCCGACUGCUGUACCAAUGGCGGCAAAGGGUGGGGAGUGGGACGAGACAGCUGUACCGUGUGCGCCAAUGCUAAUACCACAGUCCCAGAUACAUCAGUGGUGGUUCAAACAAAUGAACUCGCCUUCAAAACGUGUCUGAACUUCGGGCCUAGCUACUACAGGACCUUUGACGGACUGGAGUAUGAAUAUGGAGGCAUGUGCACCUAUACAUUGCUGAAGGAUAUUGACAAGGGAUGGAAAGUGGAGCUCACCCCAAAGAACUGCGCUAAAGUCAGCGAAUGCACAAAGAGGGUAACCAUGUUCCUCGGAAGCGGUGAAACAAUUUCUGUAGAGGCAGGUCAGGUCAAGGUCAACGAUAUGGAUUUCAUUCUGUCGGGAGAGGAACCAAAGUCUACACCGGAAAACACUUACAAUGUACGCAACAUGAGCGGAUGGAUAUUUGUGGACUCCGCUAAAGGCCUGAGCAUAAAGGUUGACAGUAAGUCGACCGUGGAACUGACAGUAUACAGCGACAAAGUACAGGGUGACGUCAAAUUCCAGGGUCUCUGCGGAAACCUUAAUCGCGAUCCUAGCGAUGAGUUUAAGACAUCUUCAGGCUCUCUCUCCAGCAGUCCUGUGUAUUUUGCCAAUUCCUGGCAGGUGGUCAAUUCGGUUGAUGGGUGUAGCCCGGCUGGAUACAUGCCAAAUUACUGUCGAACACCGGAAGAUGAACAGGCUGCCGCUGACGCAUGCGCACUGAUAAACACGUUACUUCAUCCUUGUCAUACAGCAAUCAACCCAAAGAUGUACUACACAAUGUGCAAGAACAUGCACUGCAGGGCCACCACAGACGACGAGAGAAACCAGGUCAGAUGUGAAUACGCCAACGCCUACUCCCAAGAGUGUGCCGCCAUUAACAUCGUCAUGAAAUGGCGAUCCAAGUAUCUGUGCCCACGUGAAUGCCCCGCCCCUCUCGAGUACUCUGAGUGCACCUCAUCCUGCCCACGCACCUGCAAGACACUGUACCUGGUGGAACCCGACGAGUGCAAGAUGUGCAUCAGUGGAUGCCAGUGUCCCGUCGGAACCUUCCUACAGAACGGCCAGUGUGUCAAACCGGACGAGUGUAUGUGCGAGUUCAACAAGAAACAGUACAAGCACGGAGACACCAUCAAACAACGCUGUAAUCUAUGCACCUGUGACAGAGGACGAUGGACGUGCGAAGAGGACCGCUGCUCAUCAAGCUGUGAGAUCGUCGGUCUGAAUCACGUGGCCACUUUUGACGGGAACCGUUACAGUUUCGCUCCCGACUCCUGCUCUUACACUCUAGUAGAGCCGGAUUCAAACAUUGUAGAUGACAACGAACGAGCUAACAUGACAAUCAAAAUAAAAAUGGACAAAUGUACAGACUUUCAGGACGUGAACUGCAUCGGCAGCGUCACUCUGACGUACCAAAGUGCCAUUAUCAAACUAGAAGGAGAAAAACUCUUCAUUAACCACGUGGACUACAGUGAGACCAUUCGGAAGACACCGUACUCUUUCAAUGGACUCUAUGUCAAGGAGGUCACGAACAAGUUCCGAGUUGUGAAAGCGUUCGGGUUGAAGAUUCUUUACGACAAGAAAAGAACACUGUACAUUGAUCUGAAACCGUUCUAUGCAAACAAGGUGAGAGGAAUGUGUGGACAAUUCAACUAUGACAUCACAGACGACUUCAAGGUCCCUAAUGGGGGAGAACAGGCCACCGUCCAGAACUUUGCCACGGCGUACGGCGAUUCCACUUGUCAGACGGGGGUAUACAGCUACAACAUGGAAAUGGAGGAAAAGCACGAAGCCUGCUACCCUCUUAUGAACACCACACGGGGGGCACUGUUCGCCGACUGUAUACAGAAACACGAGGAGCUGUCCAAGUUCUACUACGCCCAGUGUAACUACGACAUGAAGAAACGCACCACUCAGGUCAACAUGGAGGCGCUAUGUGACAUAGUGUCCGCAUUUUCCCGCCACUGUACCUUCAGUGGUCUGUUUGUCCCCUGGUACAACGAUAGCGCCUACAUCAACCGCUGUGAGAGCUACCUCAGCUGUACACAAGAGGGAUCCGGAGCCGGAUCAGUUUAUACAGACUGCGCCAAAAUCUGUCACGGAACUUGCCGGGACCAGCAGCUGGCGGACGCGAACUGCGAGGAGGAGUGCGUACCCGGAUGUAUGUGCCCCACCGGACAGGUACAGGACGACUACGGAACGUGCGUGAACAUUGAACGCUGUACUUGUUACGACCAGUACUCACCCAAAGAAAACCGGAUCAAAAAGGCGGGAGAUGUGGUAUCCCGAAGAUGCACCGACUGUACAUGUUCAAACGGUACGUUUGCCUGUGGCAAGGAGAGUUGUGAGGAGCAGAUCGUGUGUCCCAAGAACCAGGUGUACCGAAAAGGUGUUACGGCCUGUCGUAAGACCUGUGAACUGUACGGGAGGGAGAUGAUCUGUGACAGUGACGUGCUCAUGGACGGGUGUGUUUGUGACGAAAGCAACAACCAGACUGCAUACAUGGCACCAGAUGGUACCUGUGUAUCGUCUGAACAAUGCCCCUGUCUGUUCGGAACCAUGUGGUACAAACCCGGAGAGACCGUGACCUACGGCUGCAAAGUUUUCCGAUGCGAGAAUCAGAACUGGAUAAAGAUUGAAGACAAACAUUGUCCAGCCGUCUGCCGAGCCUCGGGAGAUCCUCACUACACAACCUUCGACGGGGUCUCCUUCUCGUUCCAAGGAGUCUGCUCCUACAUCCUGACCAGGGCCAAGGACAAGAGUUUCCAGGUCAUCACGGAGAACGUCAAGUGCGGCAGCACCGACGUGUCCUGCACCAAAUCCAUCCAGAUCACCAUCAAAGGGCAAGAAAUCAACCUGGUCCGAGGGAAAGAUGACGUCAACACCACGGGGGAUAUCUACCAACUGAACAACAUUGUCAUCACCAAGCAAAGCUUCUGGACGUCCAUUCACGCACCCAGUGAAAACAUCACCAUUUUAUGGGACGGAGGUACCCGUGUGUACGUUUUCCUGAAACCAAUCUGGCAAGGACGAGUUGAGGGAUUGUGUGGAAACUAUGACGGCGAUUCCGUUAAUGAGUACAAAAAGGUCGACGGAAGUGAAGGCACCGCCAUGGACUUUGCCAACAGUUGGGCUGCCUCUACCAGUUGUCCAGUAGCGUCCGUCGGCACUUCUUCCGAAAUUGUCCCUUGCUCCGGAGAACUGUCCCACAGAAAACAGUGGGCGGAGGAAUCUUGUGGUAUCAUCCACAGCGACAUCUUCAAGUCCUGUCGGGAGUUCCUGACGGAUACAGUAGUCAACAGAUACCACGCCAACUGUCUUUUCGACGCCUGCAGAUGUGAUAGCGGAGGAGACUGUGAAUGUUUCUGUACAGCCGUAGCUGACUUCGCCGAGCGCUGUAAUCAGGCCGGAUAUCCGGUAAAAUGGAGGAGCCAGAAAGUUUGUCCCAUCAUGUGUGAGAACGGCUUCCGCUACACCCCCUGCGCCUCCCCCUGCCCCCAGACGUGUAGGAAUAUCGGGGACGAGCCGGAGCCGUACUGUAACGAUACCCAGUGUGUGGAGGGUUGCUUCUGUCCCGAGGGAUACGUACAGAGAGAUGAGAGAUGCGUUUUGGCUGAGGACUGCCCAUGUUACUACAAUGGUCAAGAAUGGCCCAAAGGCGCUUCUAUCAUCAAGGAUUGUCUGAACUGUACCUGUAUAAACGGCAAAUUCCAUUGCUCGGGCGAAAACUGCACUGUCUGCAAAGACAACGAAUUCACGUGUAACCGCACAGGGGAUUGUAUCAAAAUGGAGUAUCGAUGUGACAACCACGUUGACUGCCGGGACGGAAGUGACGAACAGGGCUGUGAGUACAAAUGUAAGGUAGGCCAGUUCCAGUGCGCCAACCUGAACAAGACUUACUGUGUAGAUAGCAACGUUCUCUGCGACGGAAUGAGAGAUUGUAUCAACGGAGAAGACGAAUUGAACUGCACAUACACUUGUGCCGAACACGAAUUUACUUGUGAAAGUGGAAAGUGCAUUCCCAAAACCUUCAAGUGUGACGGCAAUAUGGAUUGUGGAGUGGGCGAUAACUCCGAUGAGAAAGAUUGCGGUGAAACCGAAUGUACACGCGUGCGCAACUUCCGGUGUGGCGCCACCGGUGGCGGGCUGUGUCUACCAAUCACAUUGAAGUGUGACAAACACGACGACUGCGGGGACGGAUCUGACGAAAUCGGAUGUAACUGUACGUGCAGUAGCGCCGAGUUCACCUGUUCAUCGUCCUGUGAAUGCAUUGACCCAUCCAAACGAUGUGAUGGAGUCUUGGACUGUGGGGAUGGGUCUGACGAAAUGGAAUGCCCAUGCACAUUGAACGAGUACACUUGUGACAAUGAGAAAUGUAUCAACGGAACUCAACACUGUGAUGGAGUGUAUGACUGUACUGACCAGUCGGAUGAGAAAAACUGCGCAACAACUACUCCAGCAACAGAGACAACACCCAUAAUAAGCUCAACAUUGACCACCUCCACCCCUUGCAUCAGUGGAGAGAUCAUGUCCAACCCCGCCGCUCUACCCUCCACCAAAAUCUACAUCAACCCGCAACCUAUCAGCCCGUACACGGCAGAGAACCUGAGGCCGGGAUCCACCGCUCCACUGGAGAUCAACAGCAACACCGCAACAAUCAGCGUGGAUCUUACCACGACAGACAACCCGGAUGGAAGCGUCAUCAAGAGUUUGAACAUCGUGGGAGACCAGAGCAACGUGGAGAAAAUCUCUGUCUCGUACAAAGUCACGCCAACUUCUACUUCACAGGACUUCACCAGCUUCACUGGUAUUGGACCCGUGACCUUCCCCGACAGCUUCAAGGUCGCCGCUGUUGACGUCACUCUGCUCCAGAGAACAGAUAGCAGCCAACCUUACAAAAUCAAACUGGAAGUGGUCGCUUGUAUACACGGAGUUACUCCCACAACAACGGUUCCAACCACUGUAACAACACGUAAGUCAUAG